AUGGCGUCGGGGGGGUGGGCGUUCGGUGGGACGCGGCGGCGCGCGCGGGGAUUCGGCGGAUUCGGCGGAUUCGGACGCAGCCUCGGCGCGCGGGCGUCGAAUGGUGACGAUGGCGUGGACGCGGCGUUGACGACGGUGCGUGAUGACGACGGUGCGUCGCCGCGUGAUGCGGCGAUGAUGAAGGAGGAGCGCGUGGGACACGGAGGGAAUUGGGGGGAGUCGAGCGGACGAAGCGGGAAGACGCCGGCGGCGUUCGAGAGCAUCGACGGAGAGGUGUUUCGACCGCGCGAACGAUUGAAGACGAACGCGGACUUUGAUAGAGUGAAACGAUUCGGUCGAACGUUUAACGGAUCGCAUCUGAGGAUAAAGGCUGUGGAUAACGCGUCGUACGACGCGGCGACGUGCACGCGUUUGGGCAUCGUCGUGCCGAAGAAGCGCGUGCGCCGCGCGGUGGAUCGCAACUUGAUCAAGCGACGGAUCCGACACGUCUUUCGCACGAACAAAGAUAAGUGGCCCCCGAGAGUUGACAUCAUCGUCUUCGCCGGAGACACCGCCCUGGAGGGUGGAUUCGAGGGCCUGAGAGACGACAUGUUCGCCUGGGCGAGCGACUACGUCGUGCGCGUGGAACAGAGCAAACGCGGCGCACAGUUCAAGCAAGAGAAGAAGCGACGCGCCGCAAAGUUCAACAAUACGCCAGAACCGACGCCGACCAACCCGUGA